GCAAGACACCAGCAAGUUGAGACGCUACUGUAGUGUGUAUCAGUCCAACUCUGAAGUGACUAAGAUGUAUCGCUGGUCAGGUGUCGCAUUGGUGGUGGUGGUGGUGGCAGUGGUGGUUGCGGUCACGAUGCUCCCGGGAAAAGCGUCGGGGGAGGAGAACCCAGAGGAGCAGCAGUUCCCAAGGGCCUCAGCGUGGCGUCAGCGGCCUUCCUUGUCCUCCUCCUCCUCUUCUUCCUCCUCCUCAGCAAGCAACCCGUCCUACGAUCUAAGUCAGGCGUACAAUGCUAUGGCAGCUAAUCGUAUGGGAAGUAGCGGUUUCGUCAACACCAAGAGUAACUUCGGUAGUGGAAGUGGUGGUGGUGGCACUGGCUACGAGCAAACAAGUAUGGGAGGCAGCCCUAGCAACUACUACGAACCCUACGCCGCUCAGUCGGACUACGGAAGCUACUCGAGCGAGAGCGGUUAUGGGUUGUCUUGCGCCUCUGGUUACGUGAACGCGUCCGCCGUGGCUCUCCUCGCCUUCCUUUUCCUCCUCAACAUUGUGCAGGACGUGGUGCAGCAGGUCACGGGCGGGAGGAAGCGACGCAGCGUGGAGCAGGACGAGCAGGAAGACGUGUUUGCCUUCGUUGGUAACGGAGGUCUGGCUGCCAUGAAGGAGGGGCUGCCUCAGGUCGUCCUCCCACUCAUGAUCGAUCUCCUGGAACGCGGCGGAAGGCCCCCACGAGUGUCUCCAGAGGGCCCGCUGUGCGAGGCCAACGCCGAGCUGUCCACCCGUUUUGGCGUGGCGGGCCGUGUAGUGGGCUCCCUUCUUUUCCAACGUGGUGAGCAAGGCCUUCCUCUGGCGACCACACCUUGCCCCAAGUUCCAACUCGGGCUACAGGCCUCCUCAGCUGGGCGCAGCGGCCACGACUGCUCCACGAAGUUCAAGAAGUGUUCCCCGGGACACAAAUACUCCCAGGAGGGCCAAUGCCAAUGCCAGCCGCCAGCAGGAGUCCGGCAGCAGGCCACUCGACUCCCCUGUCUCUCCUCACUUAUUCCUUUCCUGGCUCUUCUCCCUUCGCUUUCCCUCGUCCGUCCCUCCCACCUCUACGUGCAGGACGCGGUGGAGGAACUAACGCAGAGGAGGCGGCGGAGAAGCGUGGCAGGGGAGGAAGAAGAGGAAGAAAAGGAGGAGAGGGAGCAAGAGCUGCUGCAUUUCCUGGCUGACGAAGGCGUGGAGGUUUUCGACCACCUGCCAUCCCUGCUCGUCCCGCUGCUGAACGAGCUUUCCACUGCGGCACAAACAGAGGACACCCCCGAGUCCUGCCUUGCCCGACCCCUAUGCCAAGCCAACGCCGAGCUCUCCCGCCGCUAUGGAGGCUUCGGGAGGGUGCUGGCGGCCUUACUCUCCAACGUAGCUACCCGAGCCAUUCUCCCAGACAAUCCCACGCGCCGCUACCACGCCCUACACGCCUCUAGGUGGGGCAGGGAGGACACAGCCACCUGGGAUACCUGUCACCUAGCCUUCCCCUGUGGCGCUGCAGUGAACGGAACUGUCUCGAAGGUGUAAGAGGCGAUCAUCUGUGAAGUCCGUGAUCGUUGCUAUUUUGAGGUGUUGAGUAGCCUGGCAAGGUCCUGGAAUGCUAGUAAUUGGAAUAGUGAUGGAAAAGUUAGUAAUUGAGAAUGUUCUGAAUUGAUUGUCCAUGUAAAGUUACUAUCAUGUAAACUUCUGCUUGUGAGUACGUAUGAAGCUGUUAGUUGUAAGUAAUUUUGUUGUUAUUGUUGUUGUUGUUGUUGUUGUUGUUGUUGUUGUUGUUGUUGUUGUUGUUGUUAUCGGCCUUGCUGCUGCUGUUGUUGUUGUUGUUAUCGGUCUUGCUGUUGUUGUUGUUGUUGUUGUUGUUGUUGUUGUUGUUGUUAUCGGCCUUGCUGUUGUUGUUGUUGUUGUUGUUGUUAUCGACCUUCCUUUGGUGGUUGUUGUUAUCGGCCUUUCUGUGGUUGUUGUUGUUGUUGUUGUUGUUGUUGUUGUUGUUGUUAUUGACCUUCCUGUGGUUGUUGUUGUUGUUAUCGGCCUUCCUGUGGUUGUGGUUAUUGUUGUUGUUGUUGUUGUUGUUGUUGUUGUUGUUGUUGUUGAUGUUGUUGUUGUUGUUGUGGAUCAUCUGUAUCAUCUGUUUUGAGAUACGAAAGUUUUUUUUUUUUGUUUCCUUGCAGCAUCAAUCAAAACGAUGUAGAGGUAGCAUUGCAUUGUACUUCUCUCACACGCACUAAUUGACACACACAUGCAUGCAGGUUUUUGUUGUUUUGUCCUUGUUGUUGAGCAACCACAGCGAAAAAAAAAUACAGUAGAAGAAAAUAUGGGCAUUUAUUUAUUGUAUUUCCAAAGGUACUGAUUAAACAAUGAAAUAAAAAUUAAACCGAUAGUAUAUGUUUUAAUAAUUCCAUAU